AUGUGUUUAGCACAACAAAAUCUAUCACCUUCUACACGUUGGGCUCAGAAUGCUACUACAGUCGCAGGAUUGACAAAUGGUACAGCUGGGUCAUCUUUAUCCACUCUCUCUUCCAAUGGAGGAAUCAGCAUUGCAGAUGACAACAAUCUCUACAUCGCUGAUACGUUGAAUAAUCGAGUUGUUGUAAUUGGGCCCAAUUCCACUUCAGCUAUAGCUAUUAUUCGAGAUGGAUCUGACUCAAAUCCUCGAUUUAAUGUUCCUACUGAUGUUUUUGUCACACAAAAAUAUAUCUACAUCUCAGACCAGUACAAUUUUCGCGUGGUUAAAUUAUUCAAAAAUAGAACAAAUCCAGUCACCAUUGCCGGGAUUACAGGUGUGGGGGGAAGCAUUCUAAAUACGUCAACACUCGGCGGUUCCUACAAUAUAUUUGUCGACAGUAAUGAGAAUUUAUAUGUGAGUGAUACUGGAUAUCAUAGAGUAGUUCGUUAUCCAUCGAAUUCAUCGAGUGGUGUGCCUGGUGUGGUGAUCGCUGGAAAUGGCAUCAGUGGAGCUAGCGCUUCGCAGUUCAAUUCACCACGAGGAGUGUUUGUCAAUGAAGCGGGAACCUUGUAUGUUGCAGACUGGUUGAAUCAUCGAAUCCAACGAUGGAAUAAUGGAGCUUCCUCUGGUGUGACAGUGGCAGGCAGUGGAGAUAUCGGCAGUAGUUUAUCUCGGCUGUUCAUGCCGUCAGCAAUUGUUGUUGACUCGAAUGGAUACAUGUAUAUAGUGGAUACUGGAAACGAACGAAUCCUUCGAUGGCCACCAAAUUCGAAUUCUGGUGAAUGUAUCGUGGCUUGUACUGGUACUAGCGGAAAUGGAAUUGAUAUGCUGCAUGGGCCAACUGCAUUGGCAUUUGAUAGCUAUGGAUCUCUUUUUAUUAGCGAUGAAUACAAUAAUCGAGUGCAGAAAUUUCAGAUACUUAGUGGUUUUGGUGAGUAG